UUGUGGAGGGAGGGAGGGGGCACUUAUUGCCGUGACAAUCCUCGCUCUGAGGAGCAGAGAAUAGGCCUUGUGUCCGGGUUGGUACUGGGGUACCAGGCGCUGAACCGCUGCGGACAAAAGCCACAAUUUAGUUGCGACAGGGAGCGUGAGGGGCUGGAAUGAGAGGCUUCUGGAACGCUGCAGAGGAGGAGAACAGUUUAGCGCAUUAAUACAGGCAUGGGUCCACCAGAGCGCACACACACUGUGAGACCUGAUGGUAGCGCAGGAGGAGGUGUGUGGGGGCUUAGUGUUAAUGACAGAGGUCUUUUUGCUCAUCACAGUGCUUUAUUUGUUUACAAGUCUCGCUCAGACAUGAAGAUAGAGAAGGGGGCAGAGGAGAGAGGGUUAUUAUGUGCUUAUGCCAUUGCUGGCUUGUGCAGAAGCAUUUGGCAUGUGCGGAGCUACGCAGCGGACACGCGUCCAAGGCUAAGAGACACUUGGCACUUUAAACGGUGACCUCACGGCGGGAGCUGUUCGUCUCACCGCAGCUUUAGGUCAAUCUUAUCGCUGACUCCCAGAAAGGUCCAGCUGAGAUUUUCAGUCCGGUGCAUUAUGGGAAUGUUGUGGAACGACGUAUCUCAGAGCGGUGAUGUGCACUCUGUCGCCGGGAAGCAAGAAAGCCAGCGCUGCUUUCUCAGCUGUCCGAGGCCAUGGAGGGUUACAUCCCUGGUGUGUGGAUGGAGACACGGAGAAUCAAAGAGCUCCAUCUCCACUCGAUUUCGUAGGACCUACAACCUACAGUUUACUACUCGGCAAGGACAGCUGAUUUUGAUCCUCUCCAAUACCAAUAAAAAUGAUGGAUCAAGUUCAGCUGCCGAAGUCGGUAGAUCUUGGACGGCACAGCCUCCUCUACAUAAAAGAAAUUGGACAUGGCUGGUUUGGCAAGGUUUUACUGGGGGAGGUGAAUGCUGGACUCAGCACCACACAGGUUGUGGUUAAGGAGCUAAAGGCUAGUGCCAGUGUACAGGAGCAGAUGCAGUUCUUGGAGGAAGUUCAACCGUAUCGGGUGCUCCAGCAUCCUGCUCUGUUGCAGUGUAUGGCCCAGUGUUCAGAAGUCACGCCCUAUCUGUUGGUUAUGGAGCACUGUCCCAUGGGAGAUGUUAAAGGAUACCUCCGAAGCUGUCGGGCAACAGAUUCUGUGACCCCUGACCCCACGAUCCUUCAGCGGAUGGCAUGCGAGAUAGCUUCUGGCCUUACGCACCUUCACAAACACAAUUAUAUCCACAGUGACCUGGCCCUCAGGAACUGUCUUUUGACCUCAGAACUUGCAGUGAAAAUUGGAGACUAUGGCCUUUGCCACAACAAGUACAAGGAUGACUAUUACGUGACAGCAGACCAAAUAUGGGUUCCUCUACGCUGGAUUGCACCAGAACUUAUUGACGAAGUCCAUGGAAAUCUCUUAGUGGUGGACCAAACCAAGGCCAGCAAUGUCUGGUCACUGGGUGUGACGAUAUGGGAGUUGUUUGAACUGGGUAACCAGCCUUACAGGCACUAUUCUGAUAGGCAGGUUUUAACAUACGCUGUGAAGGAACAGCAGCUCAAACUGCCAAAGCCCCAGCUGAAAGUGCCUCUGUCUGAACGCUGGUUCGAGGUAAUGCAGUUCUGUUGGCUGCAGCCUGAGCAGAGGCCUGUGGUGGAGGAGGUUCACCUACUGCUAAGCUAUUUGUGUGCUAAGGGUGCCACCGAGACUGAGGAGGAUUUUGAGAAGCGCUGGAACUCUCUCAGGCCAAGUCUGGGCUCCAGCAGCUCCCAGAGAACCCCUGCACCUGAAGUAGCCUCUUCAGCUUCCUCUUCUUUUCCUCUACUUGAACAAUUCUCUAUGGCAGACAGCUUCCAGUCGGAGAAUGGGGACGACAUACUGACCGUAACUGAGACCAGCCAGGGCCUCAACUUUGAAUAUAAAUGGGAGCAGGCCCGAGCUGAGCAACCCUACUGCUCCUCUUCAGCUAGUGGACAAUUGGGAAAGAAUAACCCACAUUAUCAGGAUGUGUAUUACCCUCUAAGCAACUCUGCAGGUAGCUGCAAGGGUGAUAGUCUUGGACACUCUCCAUCCUACUAUAAGUCAGACCAUCCAGCAGUUGUUCCAGUGCUCAGUGCACACAGUCCCUCAGUAAGCAGUGAGUAUUACAUUCGCAUUGAGGAACCAGUUGAGUGUAACAUCAAUUUAGAAGACAGCGUUCUUGAUUACAGCCCAACAGCUGAGGCCAGAAACAAUAGCUUGUCGACUAUGAGCAGGAGAAGCCCGAUUGGGGCUCAUCCAAACAUCUACUGGUCAGCAGCUAAAGAACCCAUAGGUAAUGAUUAUGAUUCAGAUAGUAGCCCAACCAUGGAGCCACUUCAGAGAACUUUAUUAAGCUCCAUAGAGACAAAUCAGUCGGAAGAGUAUUUUUCUUCUAGUGACAGGGAUUUCUUUCAUGAACAGUCACCUCAAGCCGGGUCAGAUGUUCACUUGUUAAGAGGUUCAGACUCUCAUCGGCAAAGAAGAGGGUCAGAAAGUCUCUGCCACAGACUGGAGGUGGUAAGGGAAAGCCCACCUGGGGUUUCCAUUUCUCAUAGCAGUCCCAGCUUGGCACAUUGUGAUCCCUACCUUGAAUCUAACCAGAGAGCUGCAGAAAGGAGUGGGGCCAAUGAGGCAUACUAUGACAUGAUGGGCCCCAUACAAAAGAAUGUUCCCAGACCCUACUACAUGAGUGCUGAUAUUGCAGUUGGUGAUGGUCUUCUUUUAGGUAGGGGGAGUGCUGAACUAGAUGAUGAUGAUGAUCUUUUUUCUCAGAAUGCAUCAAAUAACUGGAACUCCAACCACUCGGCAAACAACAACAGUUUAAGUGAUCGAAUACACGCUGUUGGUUUUCGAGAUGCGUACCUUGAUUUACGUCACCCGACCCCCUCUUCUCAUGAUGGAAUUUUGAAAUCAAGAGUAUCAGAAACAAGCAACAGUUGUACUUACAAUUACACAGAUUCUUUCAGAGUCCACUCGUAUAUGGAAGCCACAGACAGUACGUCCACCAUAAGCACUCACACAGAUUCAGAUGGUGGUGAAUACUUGCAUCUAUGCCCUGAAGGUAGUGAUGUUGAAUCAUCUUCCAAAUGUCAUUCUGUCACUGAAAGUCAGCAUAAUCAUCCACAGGAAAUGAACAUUGCUCAUAAACAUAUCAAAGACAAUGGAUUAACUAUUCCAACAGAUACUGUAACAACUAAAGAAAAUGUGUUACUUGACACAAGGAUAUCACUUGCACAAAAACUGACACCUGAAACUAAUGGUUCCACUGGAGUCAAAAGUGUAAAGAAUCUUUCCUGUCCUAGGGAUCUGUCUGAAACUAUCUCGGAGUGUAGCCAUUUGGCAAACAGUGGGGUAAUGCCCAACAAAUCCAGCAUAAGCUUGGUGGAAAUUAAUGACUGCAGUGAUGAUGAUGUCACAGACAUCACCUCUGGGGCAUUUGGAGAUUAUCAUUUGGACUAUGCAGAAGUGGGACAUUUUGACCUGACUCAUAGACCAUUACAGAGAGAGACUGAGUCCACACACCACAAGAACACAAUUAAUCUUGCUUCCAGCAGCAGUCCAUGUGAGGACUUCAGUCCCGAUAGUUACAACACAUCCAUUCAGCCUAAAUCCCUAGACAGUGGCUAUGACACAGAGAACAAUGAGUCCCCAGAGUUUAUCAUGAAGGACCUUGAAGGCAAUCCAGCCCUUAGCACCAGUGUGGAAUCAGAUGAGUGUGACAUGGUCCUCCAGAUGGACUUAGAUGAAGAUAUCAAUGUAAUGCUUCUGCAUCCAUCCAGCAAAAAUCAGCUACAACUGUUGAACCUUGGGGACAGGAACCAAUACAGAGACUCUGCUUAUUUUUCUGACUAUGACACAGAGAACGACAAGAGCCCAAAUGAAAGAGUCUGCAAUUUCUUCAUACGCCAAGAAGAGGAUGAUGUCUUUGAGGUCAAAGAUGAAAAGGAUGGCUCAAUAAAAACAGCUGGCAGUGAAGGAUACAGAGUGGAGGGAUUUGACUUCUUAGUGCCAAAAAACAACAGUGCUGAGCUUCAUGCAAAGCAAUCAUGUCUUAAAAAAACAAACCAAGAUCUGCCUUCAUCUUCAACAUCAGCUCCAAUCAUUUCCAUGCUUUCCCCCUUUCCCCCACAGAUGGGGGGAUGUUUGACCAAGGAGUCCACCCCAGAUGAUGGUAUUGGGCUUGAGUCUGAGCACUCUGGAGAAGAGCCGAACACUGAAUGCUACUCUUCAACUGUAUCUGAAGGGUCCACCUCAACACAGGAAGCUUCAGGUGUGGAGGACCAAGCUAAUGGAGGGACCAGAUAUUAUUCAUCAGCUGAAUCAGACUCUACCAUAGUAGAGUUCAAUGGGGAAAUAAGUAAUGCAGACGACCAAGAGGACUGUGACAAAGUCGACAAUCCAGAGCAUGCAAUGGAUGAUAAUGACACGGAAAGAGAAGAUGCAGUGAAAGAAGACUGUAUGGGUCAAGUGUUUUCAAAACUAAAGAACGAGUCCUUGGAAAACAUUCUUCCUGCCUUACCAGAAGACCUAGAUGUUCCAGCUCCCCUCGGAAAUGCAGAGGAGGUGGAUGAGUAUUCAGAGGAUAGUGAUGAGUCUGAUGAAGAACUUCGUUGUUACAACAUACAAGAGCAGAGUGAUGAGAGUGACGAAGAGCUCCCCAUGGUGCCUGUCAUUGUGAGUGACCGUAGCAGUGCACGACAUCUACGCAGCCUUCUCAAAAUGCCCUCCAUACUGACAGAGUCUUUCUGCGAGGAGCUGGAUAGCAAGAAAAAAGCGGUGUCGUUUUUUGAUGACGUCACUGUUUUUCUGUUUGACCAGGAGAGUCCCACAGGUGAGCUUGGGGACUACAGUUUUCCUGUACAGACAGAACCUAAUGGCCAGGCUUCAGAGAUAUUGUCACCACAACUCCAGAAUAGGGACACAGCCUUUGAGGAUUCAUCAGGGAGGAAUUUGUCAGAUGAAAGUGGAACAUUUGAGUUCCAGAAUGAUUAUUCAUUGAUGCCAAGCCCCUCGACAUCAGAACCUGGUUCUGAAGAAAUCACCACACCACCCAACUCUCCCAUCAACUCUCCAGAUGAAAAACCAGCACCACCACUGUCCAGAUUCAGUGUCUCCCGUUUCUCCAUAACGCAGGUGUCUGACUCUGAUGUGAACUCCAGGGGAGGGAACAGUGAGAAUGGAUCAAAGGAAUGAAGGCUUCAUAUUUUAUCCCUUUGAAACAAAGACGUGUUUAGAACCCAUUUGGGUUCUGCCGUAUUGCUUUGUUUUUAUUUUUAACGUGCCGGACAGGAAAGUCCACUAAAACUGAUAAGCUGUUUGGACAGAGUGCCUGAUAUUGUAGUGCUGGAUUGAUAUUAGCCAAACCCGUUCUUGUGUUUCUUCACAUUUGAUGGUUAAGCGACACAGUCGUUUGGAGACAACAGUUAUAAGAACAGAAAAACAAAUCUGUGUAUCAGAAUAUAUUUAUUCUCUAAGUAUUACAAACAUGAUGUAUGAAGAUUAUAACUUAUUUGCACAAUUCAGUAUCGCUAUCAUGCUGAAAUCAUCCUUUCUACUUUCAAGCCUUAGGAAACAAAAUAGAGACGAUGCUGCUCUCCACAUCUGCUUGUCGUGUCCCAUGUUGUCAAUCUGUGAUUUAGAUUCACAAAUGUAGCGCUUGAAAACGUUUCAGGACCGAAUAAGCUGCAAGUCAAGCUCCUUAUUGUCAUUGUAUUUGCACAAAAAAUAUUCUGCCCUCAAAAAAAGGGGCAGAACGCAUGCUGAGCCACUAAAAUGUAAUUAAAGAAAAAUAUAAAACUAUUUUUGGUCACUAAGCUAAAAUGUUUUAGCUCAGGGGUGUUGAUUAAAAUGUGGUACAAAAGUAGAUAACAUUUACAAUUUAAUCAAUCAAUCUUGAAAGUAUUCAAGUCUCCAUACAUGAUGCUCUUCGCUUUUUUAAACAAUUUCCUUAACAUGAACAAUACAUUUUUAUUGUUUAAACAGAGAAAACUUUUAUACAUCUCUUUCCUUAUUAUUUAGAUUUUGGUGAAGUAGUUGAUAUUAUAUAUUUUAUAAAAAGUGCAGUUAACAGGCUAGUCCUUCUGUAGCUUUGUUUCUAAUUUAAAUUAUUACCCUUUUUUCUGCAAACACAAGACAUAUGUACACUCUCCGAAAUAAAGGUACAAAAGCGGUCACUAAGAUGGUACUAGUGCUGUGUUCAAAAUAUCGAUACAAUGCCACAUCGUCAUGAACUCCUAAUGAUGCGCGCAUCGAUACAGAUACCUUGCAAUCGCAGUUGAUCCGU